AUGUACCUGAACCGCGACAUCUGGAAGCCGGCGCCCUGCCAGAUCUGCGUGUGCGACAACGGCGCCAUCCUCUGCGACAAGAUCCAGUGCCAGGAGGCGCUCGAGUGCGCCGACCCCGUCACGCCGGCCGGGGAGUGCUGCCCGGUGUGCCCGCAGGGCGCGGGGGGCGGCGCCGGCUUCGGUAGAGGAAGAAAGGGGGAGAAAGGAGAGCCAGGAUCCGUGCCUGUGGUGACCGGCAUCCGCGGGCGGCCCGGACCCUCAGGCCCCCCAGGAUCGCAGGGACCCCGAGGAGACCGCGGCCCCAAAGGAAAGCCCGGUCCGCGUGGUCCUCAGGGCAUCGAUGGGGAGCCAGGCGUCCCCGGCCAGCCCGGCCCCCCGGGGCCCCCUGGACACCCGUCCCACCCGGGGCCCGACGGCAUCAGCAGGCCGUUCUCCGCGCAGAUGGCCGGGCUGGACGACAAGGCCGGGCUCGGGAGCCAGAUGGGGCUGAUGCCGGGCUCCGUGGGUCCUGUCGGCCCCCGGGGACCUCAAGGGCUCCAAGGGCAGCAAGGUGGCGUUGGCCCCUCAGGACCUCCCGGGGAGCCUGGAGAGCCGGGGCCGAUGGGUCCGAUUGGUGCGCGCGGACCAGAGGGCCCUCCUGGGAAACCCGGCGAAGAUGGCGAGCCCGGGAGGAACGGGAACCCUGGAGAAGUGGGAUUCUCCGGAUCUCCGGGAGCCCGAGGAUUCCCGGGGGCGCCCGGCCUGCCUGGCCUGAAGGGUCACCGCGGACAUAAAGGUCUGGAAGGCCCCAAAGGCGAAGUUGGAGCCACCGGGUCCAAGGGUGAAGCCGGUCCCACUGGCCCGAUGGGCGCCAUGGGUCCCACGGGGCCCAGGGGCAUGCCGGGAGAGCGGGGCAGGCUGGGCCCGCAGGGGGCGCCGGGACAACGAGGUGCACAUGGAAUGCCUGGAAAGCCCGGGCCGAUGGGUCCUCUGGGGAUUCCUGGCUCCUCUGGCUUUCCGGGAAAUCCUGGGAUGAAGGGAGAAGCAGGUCCCACCGGGGCGCGCGGCCCCGAAGGCCCGCAGGGGCAGAGAGGCGAGACGGGGCCGCCAGGGCCCGCGGGCUCCCAGGGCCUCCCGGGCGCGGUGGGGACGGACGGCACUCCUGGCGCCAAAGGCCCGACGGGUUCCGCAGGCCCCUCGGGGCCACCUGGCCUGGCAGGGCCCCCCGGAUCCCAAGGACCUCAGGGCAGCACGGGCCUCCCGGGAAUCCGCGGCCAGCCGGGCGACCCUGGAGUCCCGGGCUUCAAAGGAGAAGCUGGCCCCAAAGGGGAACCGGGCCCCCACGGCACGCAGGGCCCGAUCGGCCCGCCCGGCGAAGAAGGCAAACGCGGCCCCCGCGGCGACCCCGGAGCAGUGGGUCCUCAGGGGCCGGCGGGAGAAAGGGGUGCUCCUGGCAACCGCGGCUUCCCGGGCUCGGACGGCUUACCGGGACCCAAGGGGGCGCAAGGAGAGAGGGGUCCUGUGGGCUCCUCCGGACCAAAAGGCGGGCAGGGGGACCCAGGACGCCCCGGCGAACCAGGGCUGCCAGGCGCUCGGGGUCUGACAGGCAAUCCUGGGGUGCAAGGUCCUGAAGGGAAACUCGGACCUCUGGGCGCUCCGGGGGAGGACGGCCGCCCCGGGCCCCCCGGCUCCGUGGGAAUCAGGGGGCAGCCCGGGACCAUGGGGCUGCCCGGCCCCAAGGGGAGCAGUGGAGAUCCCGGCAAACCUGGGGAAGCAGGAAAUGCCGGUGUCCCUGGACAGAGGGGCGCGCCCGGGAAGGACGGAGAAGUCGGCCCCUCCGGGCCCGUGGGCCCCCCGGGCCUCGCUGGGGAGAGAGGCGAGCAGGGCCCCCCUGGCCCCACUGGCUUCCAGGGGCUUCCCGGCCCCCCAGGGCCUCCCGGGGAAGGUGGAAAGCCAGGCGAUCAGGGAGUUCCUGGCGAACCGGGGGCCGUGGGCCCACUGGGACCUCGAGGAGAGCGCGGGAACCCGGGGGAGCGCGGAGAGCCCGGGAUCACGGGGCUGCCCGGCGAGAAGGGGAUGGCUGGCGGGCACGGCCCCGACGGCCCCAAGGGCAGCCCGGGACCAGCUGGCACCCCCGGGGACACGGGCCCCCCAGGCCUGCAGGGCAUGCCCGGGGAGCGCGGGAUUGCAGGGACGCCGGGCCCCAAGGGCGACAGGGGCGGCAUCGGCGAGAAGGGCUCGGAAGGCACAGCUGGGAACGACGGAGCGAGAGGUCUACCCGGCCCCCUGGGCCCCCCGGGUCCUGCAGGUCCCACCGGAGAAAAGGGUGAACCUGGCCCUCGAGGUUUGGUCGGCCCUCCUGGCUCCCGCGGCAAUCCUGGCUCCCGCGGGGAAAACGGCCCCAUCGGCGCUGUCGGCUUUGCUGGCCCCCAGGGUCCCGACGGGCAGCCCGGCGUGAAGGGGGAGCCCGGGGAGCCAGGACAGAAGGGAGACGCCGGCUCUCCGGGCCCACAGGGGCUGGCGGGAUCCCCAGGCCCCCACGGCCCCAGCGGUGUCCCCGGACUGAAAGGCGGGCGCGGCACGCAGGGCCCCCCGGGCGCCACCGGAUUUCCUGGUUCCGCCGGCAGAGUGGGCCCCCCCGGCCCUGUGGGCACACCAGGAAAGGUGGGAGCGACGGGCGCCACCGGAGACAAAGGGCCCCCCGGGCCCGUGGGCCCCCCAGGCUCGAACGGCCCUGUCGGGGAGCCGGGACCUGAGGGUCCGGCGGGCAAUGACGGCACUCCUGGACGGGACGGCGCAGUUGGCGAACGCGGUGACCGAGGGGACCCCGGGCCCGCGGGCCUGCCGGGCUCUCAGGGUGCCCCGGGCACGCCCGGCCCCGUGGGUGCCCCCGGAGACGCAGGACAGAGAGGAGACCCGGGUUCCCGCGGCCCCAUAGGGCCCCCUGGUCGAGCUGGGAAACGUGGCUUACCGGGACCCCAAGGGCCGCGCGGUGACAAAGGCGAUCACGGGGACCGCGGCGACCGAGGCCAGAAGGGCCACCGAGGGUUCACCGGCCUGCAGGGCCUUCCCGGGCCGCCGGGUCCCAAUGGCGAGCAAGGCAGCGCUGGGAUCCCUGGACCGUUCGGCCCGAGAGGUCCUCCAGGCCCCGUGGGUCCGUCCGGGAAGGAAGGCAAUGCCGGGCCGCUGGGCCCCAUCGGGCCUCCUGGCGUGCGGGGCAGCAUCGGGGAGGCGGGCCCCGAGGGUCCUCCGGGCGAGCCGGGGCCGCCGGGCCCGCCGGGUCCCCCGGGCCACCUGACGGCCGCGCUCGGGGACAUCCUGGGGCACUACGAGGAGGGCCUGCCGGACCCCCUCCCUGAGUUCACGGAGGACGAGGCGGCGCCCGACGACAAGAACAAGACGGACCCGGGCGUCCACGCCACCCUCAAGGCCCUCAGCAGCCAGAUCGACACCAUGCGCAGCCCCGACGGCUCCAGGAAGCACCCGGCCCGCACCUGCGACGACCUGAAGCUCUGCCACUCGGCGAAGCACAGCGGCGAGUACUGGAUCGACCCUAACCAGGGCUCCGUGGAGGACGCCAUCAAGGUCUUCUGCAACAUGGAGACGGGGGAGACGUGCAUCUCGGCCAACCCGGCGAGCAUCCCCCGGAAGACCUGGUGGAGCAGCAAGUCGCUGGACCACAAGCCCGUCUGGUACGGCCUCGACAUGAAUCGGGGAGCCCAGUUUGCUUACGGAGACCACCAGUCACCCAACGCGGCCAUCACCCAGAUGACCUUCCUGCGCCUCCUGUCCAAAGAGGCGUCGCAGAACAUCACCUACGUCUGCAAGAACAGCGUGGGCUACAGGGACGACCAGGCGCAGAACCUGAAGAAGGCCGUGGUCCUCAAAGGCGCCAACGACCUGGACAUCAGGGCGGAGGGGAACGUCCGGUUCAGAUACAUCGUCCUUCAGGACACGUGCUCCAAACGGGACGGCAGCGUGGGCAAGACCGUGUUUGAGUACAGAACCCAGAACGUGGCGCGCUUGCCCAUCGUAGACCUGGCCCCCGUGGAUGUGGGCGGCACAGACCAGGAAUUUGGCAUCGAGAUCGGGCCCGUCUGCUUCGUGUGA